AUGAUGAAUAAACUCAUAUUUGAUUUCAUAACACCGAUUCCACAUGAACAAGAACCUCCAGUGUAUAUUCUACAAAGUUGGCAUCGCGAACAAGCCAAUUCGCGUGAUCAAUAUUUAUUAGAGCGAACUUUUGUUGUUGCACCAGACACAGCUGUUCCUGCAUCGAAAUUCCGGCAACAUAUUAGAAAUAUCUACGAAGAACGAAUUCGUUCGACGAUCGUUGAUCAGUACGAUCCCUGGACGAUCGAAGCUUCCAGCGCAACGCAAUUCAAACCGACAGCAGAAAAAGAUUCAUCAGUCAAUAUCGAUGUUGUGAGAAGUCACACGAUUUUGUAG